CUCUCAGCUCGGCUCCAGAGUAACUCUCCUCAUCCUCAGCAGGGAUACCGGAAUAGCUCCUACCACUUCUCCAGAGCCGUGGGUUUUUUUGUGUGUGGAAAUUUUCUUUCCCAUUACUCUUGUCGGAACUGAUUGACGGGGAAGAACAAUGCGACUCAUUCAGAACAUGUCCACCAUUGCGGAGUGCAGCGCGCCUGAAUACUCCGUCCCGAACCGGGUCAUUAAGAUCGCUGUUAUUGGAGGCAGCGGCGUGGGCAAAACAGCGCUGGUGGUGAGAUUCCUGACGAGGCGUUUCAUUGGAGACUAUCAGCGAAAUGCGGGUAAUCUGUACUCCAGGGAAGUCCAGGUGGACGGAGAUCAGGUGACCAUCCAGGUCCAGGACACUCCUGGUGCCGAGAUGACCGAUAACGGCAUCAGUCUCCCCGACCACGUGACGUGCUCCAUCCAGUGGGCCGACGCCGUGGUGCUGGUCUACUCGGUGACGGACCGCCGCAGCUUCGAGCUGAUCGAUCAGCUGCACCAGCUGGUCCUCCGUACCGGCGGCUCCAGCGUUCCCCCGGUCAUCCUGCUGGCCAACAAGGCCGACCUGCUGCACCUGAGGCGCGUCGACACCCAGCAGGGCCCCUUGCUGGCGGGGACCCUGGGCUGCUCCUUCUACGAGGUCUCCGCCAGCGAGGACUACAACCAGGUGCACGGCGCUUUCCACAGACUGUGUUGCCAGCUCGCCAAGCAGCAGCAGCCGCCGCCGCCGUCGCCUCCCUCUGCCGGCGCCGCCACCGCCGCAGAGAAGAGGCGCUCCCCCCUCAUCCCCCGGCCCAAGUCUCCCAACAUGCAGGAUCUGAAGAGGCGUUUCAAACAGGCGCUGUCUGCCAAAGUCAGGACUGUGACAUCGGUGUGAGGACGGCUGAAAGCUGAGGGGGGAAAACGGAAGAACGGGGGAAGAACUCUCCUUUUAUUAAACUCCUGAAUCGGUCUGGCUGACGGAGGCAGGCUGGUGAGCUGAACAGUGGUGCAUCUACAGAACAGGAGGUAAAUGGGUCUUUACAGGGUCGACGACCUCUGGGUGAAGAUCGGUCUCGUGUCAGAUGGCGUGUGAAACCGCGCAGGGAGGAGGUUCGUCUUCUGCUCAGGAAGAGGCAUGCGAGGACACGGGACAGCCGCUUUGAGCCUGGCUGCAAUCAGACUGCAUAUCAGUUGGAUUAAAGUGUAAAUCCAGCUCUCCUAACGGCUAAAGGAAACAUUGUUCUUAGCUGAGCCCAUUGUGGCAGACUUUUAUUCACUGCCAUAUAUGGCGCUGGUAACGGUCACCGUUCAGCAAGGACUCUGGAACUCAAUCUGUACUGUCGACGUGUUUCUAUCAUUAAUUUCUUUAGAGCUUUGUGGAUCACCGUGUGUGAUGGGGAGGGGCUGAAGUGUUACAGCGGACCCGGGAUGUAGCAUGCGUCGACGAUGAUCACUGAUGCACUUUAUGAAAAUGACCAGUCCACAGGACCUGUUUGUUACAAAUUCACAUUGUCCACAAUAAAAAUCUUAAAUGAGUAA